GGGAGGAGGGAGGGCAGAGCGGCGGCGUCCCGGCAGCGCCGGGCGCCUGCGUGUCGCCAUGAACCUGCACCAGGUGCUGACGGGGGCCGUGAACCCGGGGAACAACUGCUUCUCGGUGGGGAGCCUGCACGGACAGCCCUUCACGGCAUAUGCAUCAGGAUGUGAUAUUGUUGUAUUAGGGACUGACUUUGAAAGGUUACAGAUAAUCCCUGGAGCAAAACAUGGAAACAUUCAAGUGGGAUGUGUGGACUGUUCAAUGCAACAGGGAAAGAUUGCAGCUUCUUACGGAAAUCUGAUUUGUAUCUUUGAGCCGGUUAGCCUCUUGAAGCAGAACAGCAGUCAUCAUAAUAGGUUACAUUAUCAGUGGCAGAAGAAUGCUCAAAUCGUACUGGAAGGUAUAGCACAUAAUCUAACAUGGGAUCCCGCAGGCACUCGCCUUUUGACUGGUUCCAAUUGUCUUCAGCUUUGGUCCAAUGUUCCUUUGGAUAACUCUUCUGACAAUGACAACACCGAAAGAACAGAUGUUGGAUGUGGAGAAUGGAGGUGUAUCUGGCAAUGCAAAACUGCUUCUCAAGUUUGUUUAAUGAAGUUCUCGCCAGAUGGGGAGUUUUUUGCUACUGCUGGAAAGGACGAUUGUCUUGUGAAAGUGUGGUACAAUACAGACAGCUGGCGAUCAGCCGUAACACCACCAGGUGCAAGUCCAGGAAAAGAAGCACAAGAAAUUGAUUUUUCAUUUGUUUAUUUGGCCCAUCCUCGAUCAGUAAAUUCAUUCUCAUGGAGGAAGACCAGCAAAUUCAUGCCACGUGGUGCUGUCUGCAAUGUACUCCUGACUUGCUGUAAGGAUAACGUUUGUCGUCUCUGGGCAGAGACUUUGUUACCCAAUGACAGCUUGUUAUAUGGUGGAGGAAACAACAGUUGGACUGAAGCAGUGAACUUCACAAAUAACUUCAAGAGAAGUACUUCAAGUAAGGAACGAAUGCAAAAUGCAUUAGAGUUAAACCUGAAGCACUUUCGACGAGGGAGGAGGAGGUCUGGUGCUGUUGUAGCACAUACUGGAUACUCUCCACAUCAGCAAGAUCCUCACGAAGUUCACAGGAACAUUCCUCCUCAUGCAAAUGCACUCUGUCACUUCCAUAUUGCUGCCAGUAUCAAUCCAGCCACAGAUAUUCCUCUACUCCCAUCUAUCACAUCUCUGAGUCUUGGUGAAAAUGAAGAAAAAAGCGGACCUUUUGUUGUACACUGGCUAAACAAUAAAGAACUCCAUUUUACCUUAUCCAUGGAAGUAUUUUUGCAGCAGCUUAAAAAGAAUUUUGAACAUCAUUCUCCUGAGACAAAUACAGAGGAAUCUAAUCAGAUGGACAGCAGAUCAGAAGAAGAAGUUGAUGAAAAGGGAGAUGAACAAAAAGGAAACCAAGAGAAGAAGGAAUUGAGUGAUGAGAAAACUACUUCAGCAUCAAGCCUUGUUCCUUUAUCUUCUGCUAUUGUUGAUCAUGAAAUUGAAGUUCUGCUUUCUGAGUGGAGUAAAAAUGCUGAUAUGCUAUUCAGUAUACAUCCUAUGGAUGGUUCAUUGCUGGUAUGGCAUGUGGACUGGCUAGAUGAAUACCAGCCUGGCAUGUUUCGACAGGUGCAGGUGUCAUUUGUCUCACGGAUUCCUGUUGCAUUCCCAACGGGUGAUGCAAACUCUCUUUGCAGAAGUAUAGUGAUGUAUGCAUGUACCAAAAAUGUUGACUUGGCUAUUCAACAAGGCAAACAAAAGCCUCCUGGCCUUACACGAUCAUCAUCUAUGCUUAUCUCUUCUGGACAUAGCAAAUCAACCAACAGUUUAAAACUAAGUAUAUUCACACCCAAUGUUAUGAUGAUCUCCAAACAUGCAGAUGGAUCUUUGAACCAAUGGCUAGUGAGUUUUGCUGAAGAAUCUGCUUUUUCAACUGUACUCAGUAUUUCACAUAAAUCCAGAUAUUGUGGUCACCGUUUUCAUCUUAAUGACUUGGCUUGCCAUUCAGUAUUACCACUGCUGCUUACAACCUCACAUCACAAUGCUUUAAGUUCACCAGAUGUUGAGAAUGCAAAACAAGCAAAUGGUUCUUUAAAGUCCCAGGAGUCACCAUUAAGACUUCAGAGUAGAGGCAAUGCAAGUAUAACAUCCCAGGAUCCCAAUGCAGUUUACAGUGAACUUAUUCUUUGGAGAGUUGAUCCUGUUGGGCCAUUGUCCUUUUCUGGUGGAGUAUCUGAACUUGCUCGGAUCAAUUCUCUCCAUGUUUCAGCUUUUUCUAAUGUUGCAUGGCUGCCAACUCUUAUACCCAGUUAUUGCCUUGGUGCAUACUGUAAUUCUCCAAGUGCCUGCUUUGUGGCUAGUGAUGGACAGCAUUUGAGAUUAUAUCAAGCUGUAAUAGAUGCUAAAAAACUUCUGUGUGAGCUCUCCAAUCCAGAAAUUUCUAAAUACGUUGGUGAAGUUUUUAAUAUCAUAAGUCAGCAAUCUACUGCUCGUCCAGGGUGCAUCAUUGAACUGGAUGCCAUCACAGAGCUUCAUGGCAGAAAAACACAGUUGUUCCAUGUUUUUCAAGAAGACUUCAUUUUAAAUAACCAGGAGAAGGAGAUACCUGAAAAGAAAAACAACUUAGCAGACUCUGGAAACCAGCAGAAUGGAUUCUCUGAAAAAUUCUACUUAAUAGUAAUAGAGUAUACUCAAAACCGUUCGUUACUACAUAUGUGGCACUUACACUUGAAGUCAAUUCCUGUCUCAGUAGGUGAAAAGGUAGACUCAGAUACACCUGAAGUAACAAAACAAACAGAAGAACUGUAUUCUUCACCCGAUCCAGAGAAGAUCCAGUCACCUUUCAAUCAAAAGUAUCAAGCCUGUAGAGCAAACCUUCAGAGCACCAGCUGGCUUACUCUCUCUUCAAAAAUGGUGUAUAGUCAAGAGUUGAAUUUGCCAGAAGGAGUGGAGAUAAUAAGUGUUAAGCCCUCAGCAGGACAUCUGAGUUCCUCUUCCAUAUAUCCUGUUUGUCGUGCACCUUAUCUGCUGGCUACUUCAUGCUCAGAUGGAAAAGUUCGAUUCUGGAGAUGCAGGGUGACCACUGAAUCAUCGGCUUCGUCCAUGCCAUAUAAUGUACAGAGUGAUGCUACAUAUAUUUGGGAAGAAUGGCCAUUACUGAUUGAGGAUGGACUUCUUAGUAGUAGUGCUAUUACUGUUCCAGGAAGGCCAACUGAAGUUAGUUGUGCACACACAAACCGAUUAGCUGUAGCAUACAAGCAGGUAACACCUAAAAAUAGUCACCUUUCUCAAGACUUUAUAAUGCAUGUUAGCAUUUUUGAAUGUGAAUCUACAGGGGGUUCUUCCUGGAUUCUAGAGCAAACUCUUCAUUUAGACGAGAUAGGCACAAUGUUAGACCCUGCUAUUAGUAUUGAUAGUAAUUUAGUGGCAUAUAACAGACAAGAAGUUUCUUUCUCUCACGAUGGGAAUGUGAUGCCCAGCACUAAGCACUUGGUACACUUAGAUUGGAUGUCUAGGGAGGAUGGUUCACAUAUUCUGACAGUAGGAAUUGGAUCAAAACUUUUUAUGUUUGGCCAGCUGUCUGGGAAAAUGCAAGAACAAAAUGGUAAGGAGACUGUAGCAAUCUCCCAUAGUGGCAGUACUACUGUAAAGGCUACAGCUCUUUCUAGGUUUGUUCUACUGCGUUCUGUUGACUUGGUUUCCUCUGUAGAGGGGUCACCUCCUUUUCCAGUCUCCUUGUCAUGGGUACGUGAUGGCAUUCUCGUAGUUGGAAUGGAUUGUGAAAUGCAUGUCUAUUCUCAGUGGCAGCCUCCUGCCAAGCAGGAACUAAUUAGUACAGAUUCCUACAGUGGAAGUAUGCAGUGUAUAACUAGCUUAAUGAAACAAAGCCAAUCAACUGCCUCAGGUCUGCCUCCACCAAAGCGAACUUUGACCAGAUCUAUGACCAGCCUUGCACAAAAACUUAGUGGAAGAUCUGCCUUUGAUCUGUCUGCUGAAAUGGAAGACUCUGGUCUUUUUGAAGCAGCUCAUACAUUAUCUCCCACUUUACCUCAGUAUCAUCCACAUCAACUGUUAGAACUCAUGGAUCUUGGUAGAGUACGUAGAGCAAAAGCCAUUCUUUCCCAUCUGGUGAAGUGCAUUGCUGGAGAAGUUGUUGCUAUAAAUGAAUCUGAACCUAAUCAUGAUAGAAGACUCAGAUCUCUGACCAUCAGUGCUAGUGGAAGUACUGCACGAGACCCCAAAACAUUCAGCAAAACUGAGACUACAGACUAUAUCGAAAUAGACUCUGUUCCACCAUUGCCCUUGUAUGCUCUACUUGCUGCAGAUGAUGAUUCAUCUCAUUCUUGUUCAGAGAAGUCAAAUAAUCAAAACAGCCAAUGUAAAAAAGAUAUGCCCAAUGACAGUUACGAAGAUCUCUUUCAGAAUUCUGUUGUAAGCACAGAUGAACUUGUAACUUUUGAUGCAGAUGAAGACAGUGCAAAACCAAAAGUCAUUGAUCUUUCUCAAUAUAGCCCAACUUACUUUGGACCAGAGCAUGCUCAAGUACUUUCUCGUCACUUGCUUCAUUCAAGUUUGCCAGGUCUGACUAGGAUGGAGCAAAUGUCGUUGAUGGCCUUGGCAGAUACAAUUGCUACCAUCAGUACUGAUAUUGGAGAAAGCAGAGACAGAAACCAGGGUGGAGAAACUCUUGAUGAGUGUGGUUUAAAAUUUUUAUUGGCUGUUCGGCUUCACACAUUUUUAACAACGUCACUUCCUCCUGUACAUCGAGCUCAACUGCUUCACCAAGGCUUAUCUACUAGUCAUUUUGCCUGGGCAUUUCAUUCAGUAGCAGAAGAAGAACUACUGAGCAUGCUCCCUGCAAUGCAGAAAGGAGAUCCAACAUGGUCAGAACUCAGAGCUAUGGGUAUAGGAUGGUGGGUUCGAAAUAUCCAUAGCCUGCGGAAAUGCAUAGAAAAGGUAGCUAAAGCAGCCUUUCAGCGUAAUAAUGAUCCACUUGAUGCAGCCAUUUUUUACCUUGCGAUGAAAAAGAAGGCUGUGAUCUGGGGACUAUACAGGUCCCAAAAAGAUACUAAAAUGACACAGUUUUUUGGAAACAACUUCACUGAGGACAGGUGGCGUAAAGCAGCAUUAAAGAAUGCUUUCUCUUUGCUUGGCAAACAGCGUUUUGAACAUUCUGCGGCAUUUUUCUUGUUGGCAGGACACUUAAAAGAUGCAGUGGAGGUCUGCCUUGAAAAAUUGAAUGACAUUCAGUUGGCUCUAGUAAUAUCAAGACUUUAUGAGUCAGAGUUUGAAGUGUCUAGUACUUAUAAAUCUAUACUACAGAAGAGAAUUUUGGGAAGUGCCUUUCCUGGAAAGGAGAGCUCAGGAAACAUGUACUGUGAUCCUUUUCUGCGUAGUAUGGCUUACUGGAUUUUGGAAGAUUACAGCAAGGCUCUUGACACUUUGAUUAAACAUUCUGUUGAAGAUGAAGGAGAUGAAGGAGAUGGCUCAUCAAGUUGUAACCCUGCAGUGUUUAACUUCUACAACUACUUAAGAACACAUCCUCUCCUGCUGAGACGUCAUUUUGGCUCUUCUGAUGCCUCUUCUACACACAUUUGCCUGACAGUAGAAAAUGGAUUAGCUGACAAAAUCAACCUAGGUGAAAGACGACUUUUCUUCACCACGGCAUAUGCUCAUUUAAAAGCUGGUUGUCCUAUGUUGGCCUUAGAAGUGUUAUCAAAGAUGCCCAAAGUUGUCAAGAGGUCAAAGCCAUUCUGUAGAUCCCCUAGCUUAAUGGAUACUAGUAAAGAUUUCUCACCAUCUUCUCCAGUUAAAGAGCUGGAAACAAAAGAUCAGGCUUCCAGUUUUGAUUGGUCACAGCCUGUAUUGAAUGGUCUAGGGUCAUCUUCAGAUUGUUCUUCAGGAAAACAUUCAAGUUCAACUCUUUCAUUUGACUGGAGUCAACCAAAUGUUGUAUUCCAAGAUGAAGAUUUGAAACUACAGUCAGACAGUGAUGAAGGUGAUGAGAGUGAAGAUUCCUCCCUGGUGAUGAAGGAGCUAAAACCUCUGAAGAGAAGUGAAAAGUCAUACGAAACAAGCUCUAGCUACACAGAAUCUUUUAGUGCAAUUGAUGAAAAAGAUAUUCUGAGCCCAUCAGAAGAUAUAAUUUCAGCACAGCUGAAGUUUAGAGCAUGCUUGAAAAUUCUUACUGUAGAGCUUCGAACGCUGUCCACUGGUUAUGAGGUGGAUGGUGGAAAAUUAAGGUAUCAGCUUUAUCAGUGGCUUGAAAGAGAAGUGAUAGCUCUGCAAAAGACCUGUGAUUAUAGUGUUGAAGUAGAAGAGAUACAGUCAGGAAUUAACGUGAUGACAGAGGAAGUUGCAUUACAUGAAAAUACUGAAGACUUAGCUGACCAGCAAAAAGCCAUGCAACAGAAAGAAAACUUUCAGAAAAGACGUCAAUGGCUUCUGAAAUACCAGUCUCUCUUACGAAUGUUCCUUAGUUACUGCAUACUUCAUGGUUCUCAUGGUGGAGGUUUGGCAUCUGUUAGAAUGGAAUUAAUUCUGCUACUGCAGGAAUCUCAGCAGGAGCAGUCCAUACAGAUACCAUCCACACCUCUGCCAGAGCAAAGCUCCAUACCUCUCCUAUUUGCUUGCACAGCUAGUGUUAGAACAGUGGUGGCUAAUCCAUUGUUACAUCUUGGUAACUUAACUCAUGAUAUUUUACAUGCCAUAAUAAACCUUGAUUCGCCACCUCAUCCAGAUACUCAGAACAACAAGAUAUAUGUAAUGCAUACCUUAGCAGCAUCCCUCUCUGCUUGCAUCUACCAAUGUCUUUGUGAUGGCCACAGCUACAGCUCAUUCCAAGCAAAUCAGUUCACUGGAACAGUGUAUCAGACAGUGCUAUUAACUCAGCGCCACUCUCUAAGAACAACAAGCUUAGAAGAAACAGUGACUCCCAAUACAUCACCUUCUCAGUGGCCAGGAAUAACAGCUCUAGUACGUCUCUUGAAUUCUGCUGGUGAGGAAGCCCAGCCAGGGCUCACAGUUUUACUUUGUGAAAUACUAACUGCAGUCUAUCUGAGUCUGUUCAUCCAUGGCCUAGCAACGCAUUCUAGCAAUGAAUUGUAUCGAAUUAUGGCUCAUCAACUUAACAACAAAAUGUGGUCUGCUGUCUUUGGAGGAGGAGCUCAUACGCCCAGUAGAGGACAGCUGCAAUUAAAGACAAAAACUGAUGAUGGAGGGAAACAGCAAAAAUGUUUCAGGCUUUCGUCAAAAACCUCUCCAAAAGAGAGUUCUCAGUCACCUGCUUUGCCAUUAGUAGAUCAAGAAUCUUCAUCUGACAAAGAAAGAUUUAUUCCUCCUGAGCUUAGUAUCUGGGAUUACUUCAUUGCAAAGCCUUUUCUUCCAUCACAAAGUAGAGUGGAAUAUGAUUCAGAAGAGAGUCAGGAAAGCGGUGAAGAUGAUGAGGAUACUGAUGGAGAUGUGUUUGCAACAAAUUCACGUAAUCAGGAGCAUUCCAAUUCAAAUUCGUACAGUUGGUCACUGAUGCGAUUGGCAAUGGUUCAGCUGGUACUUCACAACUUGAAGAUUUUCUACCCUUUGGCUGGACAUGAUCUUUCAGAGCUUCCAGUUAGCUCUCCAAUAUGCCAUGCAGUUCUGAAAACACUACAGCGCUGGGAACAAGUUCUUCAGCGACGUCUUGAGCUAUAUGGUGGUCCACCUCAACAUUAUAUUUCAGUUCAUGCUUCUGAAGAUGCUCUAGCUGCUGGUCCUGCAUUGCUUCGCCAUAAAACUUUACUUGAACCUACAAACACUCCAUUCAGAUCUAACAAUCAUGUUGCGCUAUCUGUGAAGAGGCUCUGGCAGUACUUGGUUAAACAGGAAGAAGUCCAGGAAACCUUUAUCAGAAAUAUUUUUACAAAGAAGCGAUGCUUAAAUGAGUCAUUAGAGGACCAUAAUGAAACCAUGAAAAAUUCUAUGGUGGAGGAGUCCAUCAUCAAUAAGAUAGAACCAGAUUUGGGAUACCCAGGAGGCAAGGCAAGAAUAAUUCAUAAAGAGUCUGACAUCAUUACUGCUUUUGCAGUCAAUAAGGCAAAUCGGAACUGCAUUGCAAUAGCAUCAAGUCACGACAUUCAAGAAUUAGACGUUUCUGCGAUUUUAGCUACACAAAUCUACACCUGGGUUGAUGAUGAUGUGGAAAUAGAAAAUAAAGGGGCAGAUGAUUUCUUAGUUAUACAUGCUCGUGAUGAUCUGGUAAAUGUUCAGGGAACCACUCCUUAUACCCAUAGUAAUCCUGGCACACCCAUCAAUAUGCCUUGGCUUGGUAGUACACAAACUGGCAGGGGUGCAUCUGUGAUGCUCAAGAAGGCUAUUAAUAAUGUCAGAAGAAUGGCUUCUCAUCCAACAUUACCAUAUUAUCUGACAGGUGCUCAAGAUGGUAGCGUAAGAAUGUUUGAAUGGGGUCAUGCACAGCAAAUCACUUGUUUUCGGUCUGGUGGCAACUCAAGGGUAACUCGAAUGAGGUUCAAUUACCAAGGAAAUAAGUUUGGAAUUGUUGAUGCUGAUGGAUAUAUAAGCUUAUAUCAAACAAAUUGGAAAUGUUGCCCACUUACUGGAACCUCACAACCAUAUUUGACCUGGCAGUGUCAUAACAAAACAGCCAAUGACUUCGUUUUCAUCAGUUCAUCAUCUUUGAUAGCUACAGCAGGAUUGUCUUCUGACAAUAGAAAUAUUUGUCUUUGGGAUACUUUGGUUUCACCUACAAAUAGCUUGGUGCAUGCUUUCAUCUGUCAUGACAGCGGAGCAACUGUUCUAGCAUAUGCUCCAAAACAUCAGCUUUUAAUCUCUGGAGGCAGAAAAGGCUUCACAUGUAUAAUUGACCUCCGCCAAAAACAGCAGCAACAAUUACUCCAAAGUCAUGAUUCUCCAGUCAAAGCAAUUGCUGUUGAUCCUACAGAAGAGUAUUUUGUCACAGGAUCUGCUGAAGGCAACAUAAAGGUAUGGAGUCUGUCUACAUUUAGUCUUCUUCACACUUUCAUCAAUGAGCAUGCUCGGCAGUCACUCUUCAGAAACAUUGGGACAGGAGUCAUGCAAAUUGAGACAGGACCAGCAAAUCACAUAUUCUCCUGUGGUGCUGAUGGAACAGUAAAGAUGAGAAUCUUGCCUGAUAGAUUCAGCCCCUUUAAUGAAGUGUUAAAAAAUGAUGUUAAGUUUUUGAUCUAAUAUUUUUCUCAGUACAGUGUAUAACAUUCCCCUUCAGCCAUCUCUGAAAAUAUUUUUCUUGAAACUAGCCAACAAAGCAGAUAUAUAAUGAUAGCUCGUGCCACAAAGAUGCUUCUUUUAUUUUCAUAUUUAUUACCUGGAGCUUUUAAUCCCGUAUGCACUGAUGCCUUAAAGAUUAACAAGGUCCUUCAGAUUAUGAUUGUUGCCUAAAAUAAAAGCUAUACAGGACUCUGAAUUAUAUAUUUAUAAUUUUCCUAAGAUGUUGCUGAAGUGGAUUACUCCUCCUUUUAGGUAGUUACACUCCUGCCGGGAGUUUACCAUCUGGGCAUGGCCUUUAUAACCAACACCUGGCCUUUUUCUGACAGCAGAUCCAGAUAGGAACCUUAGAUAAUAACCUUACUCUUUCACUGUGGCAACUAUAACUGUCUCUCAUUAACUUGUGUAGUUGGCCAUUAAUACAAAUUUAUACCUAUAUCUGGAAAAGAAGCAAAGCCUAUUUUAGUUAGAUGCUCCUAGCGUAUCGGAAGCUGGCCAUGCAACAUUCAUAUGAGCCGCUGUCUGUCUCCAUUCCUGGAAUCCAGGCUGUAUACCUCUUUAAUUCACUUGGUCUCUUUCCUCUGAUAUAGGGUAUAAGAAAUUGAAGGACAUUGUGUAAGUUGUCUUCUGUUCUAUAGCUUGACUCAUUGCCAUCAGGAUGGCAGACUUAGCUUUUAAAAAAGAAAUAUAUUUUUAAGCCUGAACACUCCCUUUACGAAAAUAUGUAAAUAUUAAUGGAUAUCUUCCUAUUAAAAUUGUCAAGAUUAUUCAUGAAGAUUUAGUCUUGAUCAAAAAAGUACAGGAAGAUACUGCUUCUAGGAUAUGGCAUUAGAAUUUCUUCAAAGAAUAUUUAUUUGCAUGUCUGUAGAGGAAAAAAAAAAACUAAUUUAUUUUUACAUUUUUUCCAGUAAGACUUUAUUUAGCCCAAAGACACUCAGUUCCUUCUUAGCACUUAUAUUCUUGUUUGUCUGCUUUUCCUAAAUACUUUAAAAAAGUAAAAAGGAAAAAAAGUUCAACGGCAAAGUACUUCAAUACUGUCACUCUUUGUACUGUAUGUUUACAUCUGGUUUAAAAUGAAAGGAAAAGUAUAUUGAAAAGGCUAGAUGGAUUUUUUUUGCCAAAAUAUUAAACUGCAUAACUUAAAUGUUUGACCAAAAUAUUAAUGCACAAAGCCUUUACAUUUUUCUUAGUCAGCUAAAAACUUUUUCUGUAAGUAUUUUGGUUUAUUUUUCCUGACCUUAUUCAAAACUUGAGAGCUUGACAAAUGUUUAAUUUGUAAAUUAGUUGUGAGGCUGGGUUACUUGAAUGCCAAUGGUAUACUUUUUGCUAAAAGAUAUUUUGUGAAAUAUAGCACCAAGAUAUUAAUUGUAAAAUAAACUUGUCAGAUUAGGAACUAUGGGGAUAAAUAAAGCAUAGUAGAAGUGAAGGGCUUGUAAAAUGAACUUUGUAACAUUCUCAGGAUGCUUUUAUCUUAAGAAUAUAAAAUAGUUUAAAAAGAUUUUGUAAAUUGUAUUAAGGUCAUUUUAAAUGUAUGUUUCGCAAGUUGCAGUGCAAACACUAUGAAGGUUUUUAUGCACAUAACCUGAAUUUUCAAAUUGUGCAAUAAAAAGAAUGUGAAUACUUUGCCAUGAAGAAACAUUGUGACAGCAUUUUGAACUGGUACAGCUGUUCAGUGGUUCAACUGUAAUUGUUCUUCCACAACAUUUAGUUAUAGAUUGAAAUCAAAUUGAUACUAAAACAGUUUAAGUACAGUGAUGGACCAGAAAAGUGACUGACGAAAAGUGACACGACCUUACAGAACAGACUUGCCCAAUGUGUCAUAUCUGCUCAGUGACUGAGUUUCUAAUAACCUCUAUUCCUAUUAAAGAAGGAAAACCAUGGAGUUACCAGUAGGAUGCUCCUUAAGAGAAUCAACUGAAACCCUGACUUUGUAGCCGCUUAUAUACAUGCAUUAGUUUUAUGCAACCACUGAACUAACAAAGUUAUAUUCAGAAAAGGAAAAAUGUGCAAAACUAUGACAACAUUGUAUAAUGAUGUCCUUGAUGUUUUGUCCUUAAAAUAUAUAUAUAUAUAGAUAGAUAUAUAGAUAUAUAUUUCAUUAGCUUUAAUAUUUCAAGCUUGUUUUAUUGUACUGGCAUUCACAAAAAAGCCGUCUUUUCAUCUGUGAGCUAACCAAUAAGAUGUUAUGUGGAAUUUACCAAGACAUACAAUGUUGUCAUUCUUCUGAAUCGAGCUGCACUAUGUAUAUCCUGGAAAACUUAUGCUUAUACCAGAAAAGUAAUGACUAUGAGCGGGCAUCUUCAAUAAUGUUUAUAGUUACCAUAAGCUAUUCUCAAAACUAAAUUAUGUAAAAUCACUAUGUAUUUGCCCUCACCUUCAUAAUAUUUCCAAUAAAUCAUGCAGAAAGUCAACCUUCUAGAUUUCCAUGUUGCUGCUACUUCCUUUACAAAUCAGUUGUAUGCUUGUAUAAUGUUAAUUGAUGUUUAACAAUUGUGGUAAGUCAUUUUAUUGGUAGCUUUAUUGUAAUGAUGGAAUCAAUGGAUGAGUUAAAUUCUGUUCUAUUUGAAACUUUUUAAAGGGACAUUCUCAACUUUAAAUCAAGCCAUUGGGGAAAAUUGAACUCGAAACUCUUCUAGCUGUUUCUUCAACAGCUUCCACCAAUUUGUCUUUCCAGCAAUUAGUGCUUUCUUCCUAUUGCUAUGCAAGUAAGUCAGAAGGUUGUUAGUGGCUACCAAGGGUUCUAUGAAUGCGGUAGCUGUAUGCACAAAUCGAACUUAAAAUUUACAUUUCCCAGUGUUUAAUCUCCAAUAAUCCCAUAACAAAAUAACUGAGUUGAUAAUGUCCCUUUUAAAUACCAUAGACUGGCAGUUGUGACUUGUGUUUGUCCAUGUAGUAAUACAUAAUGCGAUCAGUUUUUCAAACUUGUGUUGUUAAUUGAUUUGGUUACUUCAAGCAGAUUUGUGAUCCAAGUUCCUCACUAUUACUUUAUUAAUGUGAGAGUUAAACUCUGGCCAUCUGGGUACUUAAACUUACUUGCUGUGUGACUUGCAAAACAGAUAAUUCUCAGCUGACAGCUGAUAUUGCAGAAUGUUCAUGGAGAAGGAUGGCGAGUGGAAUAGACUUAGAUUUUGUACCACACUGAUGUGGCACAAGCUGAGCUUAUGUGUUCUGAUGUGUUUUAGGAACCUCGCUACCACUUGCAAGAAAAAAAACUUUUGGGGAUAUUCUACAUUAGGUACUGCUCCCUUCCUCCUAAGAGCACCCAAUGUUAGCUUAGUUGCAAUAGGUAUGAAAAUAAGCAACCGUGAUUAAAAGACAAUAAGCUUGGAGCCUGGAUAUGUUCUCCAAGAUAAUUUUUCAAAUGUUUAUUUUUACUAAAAGUAGCAAAACAGCCUCUAAUGGCAGGUUCAGCACACUGAUCAAAUACUUUCUAUAAAAUAAAGACACUGAUU